AUGAUGCUGGCUCUCGGACAGUCGACGUCUCGAGCUUUGACAAGAAUCCUCUCUUCCUCGCGUUCAGGCGUACAAACGAGGUCCUUCACCAGCUACAAUGCAGUUUCAGCGGGAAUCUACCUCAAGAAACUUCGCACUACUUUCCCUUACGCCUGGCUUCGCGACUCGUGUCAAUCCCCUACGAAUAUCCACCCAUCGACUCUGCAGAAGCUACACCGCUCAUCAGACAUACCCGUCGAUAUCAAGCCGGCCCAGGAUGGGAUACAGAUUACGCCCGAGGCGCUGCAUAUCCGCUGGGAAGAUGGGCAUGAAUCGGCGUUCACUCCAGAGUUUCUGAGGCGGCAUUCCUCCCCGUCGAACCUGCAGAAAUUCCACGGUGAUAUCUCCUCUGAGCUCUGGAACGCAGCAUCUAUCAAGAAGACGGACAACUUAUUCGUCCCCUAUGAUUCCCUGAAGGAGCCACAAGGGCAGCUGGAUGCCAUCGUGCAACUGCUGAGAUACGGACUCGUCUUUGUCACGGGCGUACCCAUUGCCAAGACAGGCGACGAGACGUGCGAGUUGCGCUCCCUUGCUGCUGCCUUCGGACGCAUCCGCUAUACGUUCUACGGCCACGUCUGGAACGUGCGCAACAUCAAGGAGAGUCGCAACAUCGCUUACACCAACCUCGACCUCGGCCUACACAUGGACCUUCUAUAUCAUCAGCACCCGCCCCAAUACCAGAUCCUCCACUGCCUUCGCAAUCGUGUCACAGGCGGCAGCUCUAUCUUCGUCGACUCCUUCAAGGCCGCGGACGACCUCCGCCACAGAUUUCCCAGCGCCUACGAGCUUCUCGCAUCAACCCUCGUCCCCUUCCACUACAUUAAUGACGGGCACCACAUGCACUGCGAGCGGCCCACCUUCGAGCUCACGCAGGUCGGCAAGCGGCUCAAGCAUGUCAACUACUCGCCGCCCUUCCAAGCACCGCUGCUGCUCGACACGCCCGUAGGCUUCUACGAUGCGAUGAAGAGGUUUGCGGAUAUGCUUGGGGAAGGGGAGAACAGAUACGAGUAUUUGCUGAAGGAGGGUGAUGCGGUGUUGUUCGAUAACCGGCGGGUGCUGCAUUCGCGCACGGCAUUCGAGGAUAUCGAGGGAGAAGGGAAGGAGGGGGACACGAAUCGAUGGCUCAAGGGCUGCUACUUGGACGACGACACGAUCUUGGAUAAGAUGCGCGGCUUGAGGAAGGUGGUGCAGGGUGACGAGGCCUAG